AUGACGCCAGCGCCAAACUCCUUUCCCUCUCCCCUUCCUCCUCUCCCCGUGGGCAGACACCUCCCAGGCGGCCAUGGCUUCGACCCAGCCGUGCCCCCCAACACAACACAGGGCUUUCACCUGAACCACCUCAUGCUCCGGAUCCGUGACCCCAGCGAAUCCCUACACUUCUACAUCGACCUCAUGGGCCUCCGCACCGUAUUCGCCAUGAAUACGGGCCCUUGCUCAAUAUAUUACCUGGGUCAUCCGCAAACCGACGCCGAGCGCGCAGACCCAAAACUUUAUGCCCAAAACACUGUUCCUAACGACGUCCUCACCACGACAAAAGGGCUGAUUGAGUUGGUGCACAUCCACGGAACCGAGAAACUGUCCAAGGAGGAAUAUAGAUUGCACAGCGGGAAUGUUGCGCCGUUUUUGGGGUUUGGGCAUGUCGGUUUUACGGUGCCGGAUGUUCCUGUCGCAUUGCAGAGGUUGAGGGAGAGUGGAGUCAAGAUAUUGAAAGAUGUGGGUGUUGCGGAGAGGGGGAAUGUGCCGAUUACGGAGUGGGAGAGUGAGAAGUUUGGUGUUGGGAUUGGGGAGUUGCAUGAGGGUUAUAAGCAUGUGCUUUCGCAGAUUGGGUUUGUGGAAGAUCCGAAUGGAUACUGGAUAGAGCUGGUACCGCAGAACAUGAAGUGA